AUGGCCUCUUCCGAGGUUGACCAGAAGUUCCUCGGCAGGCUUGCUCGAGAUGUCGAGCCAAACAACUCCCACCUGAGCCAGAUGCUCUUCAAAAUCCUUGGACUGUCGAUCAACCUCUCGGGUCAGCUGGUCAAGGCAAGAAAGCAACGACGGCUCGAUUCUUCCAAGUCAACACACUCAUGGGAGCUCUACUUCCAUAUCAUAUGGCUUUCCCGCGAAGGAUUGGUUAUGCUAGAGCAGUAUGUGCUGCCUAUGGUGGGCGAUCAUGUUGAGCUCAAAGUUCUCGCCCACAAACUGCGAGCCUCGUUUUAUCACAUCUUUGUCCUUUUCCACAACAACCCUCAGGUUUCACCAAUGGGCAUCUCCACACCAGAGGUCAACUCGGCGCCAACCAUGGGACGAUCGCCCGAGCCACAUAAGCUUGACAAGGGGAAGGGCGUCGACCGUGGGGGCAUCGAUAUGACUUCCGGAUAUGCCAACAUGUCGCUAGAGGGAGGGCCUGUUGGUCCACCUCCCGGGUUCGAUCUGCAGGAUUCGGAACAGCUUGCGUCCUUUCUCCUGCCAUCUGUAGACUACCUGCCUACCGCGCACGGAUACUUCAAGGAAGCGAUCGCCAUCGCCGACAGCCUGCUAUGGGGCUCGCACUCGCUCAGAUUAUCACUCAAGACGGAAUAUGCGGCCUUCCUGUAUGAGUGCGUGCACGACCACGAAGCAAGCCGGAGAGUCGCAAAGAAGACGAUCGCAGAGGUCUAUGAAGCGACUGAGGGGAUGGACGAUGACAUGUUCAGCGAUGCUUGCGAGCUGGUCACAGUACUGGGCAAGAUGAUGAAGCGCGGACUCGGCACGCAGAAGACGUCGCGAAGCACAGGUCCAAGCCCAGCCCCGCAAGCCACCUCGGAGAGCGUGGCAACUGCGGUGCCGCCCGCAGGCAUGGAAAAUCCCAUAUAG